AAAUCCUUAUCUAUAUCGGCAUUGUGGAGAUCUGACCUCACGUGGCUGGUUAUGAUUUCAAUCUGGAUUUAUUAAACUCCAAAGCUUCUUCGACUUUCAUAUAGAAUCUGGAUGAUGCUUUGUUUAGAGAUACAUUUAACAUACAUAGUAGACGUUGAGAUAAAUCUUGGAGUCUUUGCCUUUUAUAUGGAGUAUUGAUAAUCUCUUUCCUGUUCUUGAGCAUUACUUGGUUUUGAGUAACGUUUUAUAUUAUUAUUACAGCAUCUUUUUGGUUUUGGUGACGUUGAGACAUCCUACAUAUAAUGUCUAGCGUAGAGGAUUUGAAAGAGCAAGGAAACGUCACUAGUGAGGCAGAGAAGUCGAUGCCAUCAUCACAUCAGGAGGAGGCUGCUGUAAAGAACAAGUAUGGAGGGCUCAUGCCAAAGAAACCACCUCUCAUUUCCAAGGAUCAUGAGCGAGCAUACUUUGACUCAGCUGACUGGGCUCUUGGAAAGCAAGGUGUUGCGAAGCCAAAGGGACCUCUUGAAGCUCUUCGUCCCAAGUUACAGCCAACCCAGCAGCAGACGCGAUACAGGAAGUCUCCAUGUGCUCCAUCUGAUGGCGGUGAAGAUGGAGGAGCUUCUCAGGCCGAGGGAGUUUCCGGCAACGAGGAGUAGAGAGACAAAAGAGAGAAAAUGGAAACUCUUGUGUAAUAAUAAUAACUUUGUUAUAAUCAUACCUUUUUGUCUUUCCAUUAACAUCUUAUACUUGAUCGCAUCCAAGUUCCAGAAAUUAAUUAUCAUAGUGAUACGUGAAACGUAUCUCUUGGGAUCAAAGCAGCAAUAAAGCAAAUGAAACAAACGUAGAUCGAUGAUAAGAAUUGUAUUACAACUUUACAACCUUGAGAGAAUUAUUAAUGGAGUCUCUCGCCUCCUUCUCUUGUGAUCGAAUCUCUAGAUAAAAGAUAACUUUAAUGGACCAUUCAUUAGUAAUGACAAAUAUGAUCAAGGCCAUAAUUCAGUACAUGAUUCAAUUAAUCAAAUUUGAAAUAAUUAACCCAAGUCUCCAUCUUCCCCCAAACUCCCUGUCGGAUCAUUGUUUCUCGUUGUCAUUAUCUCGAUGGAGUUUUCUCAAAAUGUUUAAAUUAUUUUUUUCUCAAAAGAUGUUUAAAUUAACCAAUAUCUAGUAGUAUUAUUUGGUUCGGUCGUGGAACAGAACUUUUAGUUAUGGUAGGUUUUUAUUUUAUUUUUAGAAAUGGAUAAUAUAUAUUGCACUGAUUAGUAAUCACGUUACACACAUAGGAACUAUGAGACGAGAUGAUAGACAACCUCUCACUGUCUCACAUUAUAGUAUUACAGAAGCAUAUAUUUCUUACUGUACAAAGGAGAAUCGCGUAGAUCACAAGUCAUCUCAUUUUCGUCACCUUUUUUUUUUUUGAACAAGUGGAUAUUUUAUAAAAAGAAAAGUCGAAAAGCAGAAACAUAAGAUUCAGGCCCAGAUGAGCUAGUCCGUGGGUAAACAAAAAUAUAAAAUAUGAGCUUUAAGACCUGCAUAGCUAGAAAAUCAGCAUCGGGAACGGGAGAUGUGAUUGAAGACGAUAGAAUCGAAGCUGGUAGAGAGACUCUUGAGAUCACAAGUCAUCUCAUUUUCGUCACCAAUAUCGUAGAAAUCACAAGGUCUUUCCUUCUCAUCCCUUUCUUGUGAGACACGUCAAUUCUUCAACGAAACUUUGAAUUGUUAUGUGAGAUUACGUACGUGUAAUCGAAAUCAAAUGUAAUUCGUUUUUUCUCUGAUUAAACCAUCCAAGUCAACUCGAAAUGUUAUGUUCUACACUUCUGCAGUCUUAUUUGGUAUCUAAAUAGUCUCUGUGUGGAAAAAUAAUAAAGGAAAAACCGUAUUCUGCGUGAUAAUUAUCCUGAGUUGUUCAAAAAAAAAAGCGUGAUAAUUAUCCUGCAUGGGCUUUUGUUCUAAACGAUGAACCAAUGCAACUAUCACUAUGAACGAAUCAAUCAAUCAAUUAGAAUAUUAAUAUAACUGAUAA